CAGGUAUUUGUUCAAGCCAAUAAAAGCUGUGUGAUUUGAAUCUCAUGACAACGCCGCCGCCGAAGCCGCCGGUGGUGGCAUUCAGCAACGAUUCCCCUGCGUUGAAGCUGGACGUUCUGCACACGUAUGGUCGAGCCCGUGCAUGUGACCUCCAUCUGCCACAUGGCACUGUGCACACGCCGAUCUUUAUGCCGGUGGGCACCCAAGGCACGAUCAAAGGUAUCACAGCGGAGCAAAUGGCGCUGCCUCCCAUUGACUGCAAGAUCCUCCUGGCGAAUACGUACCAUCUAGCGUUGCGUCCAGGCACUGACCUUCUUAAAGAUGUGGGCGGGCUUCAUGACUUUAUGGGGUGGCAUCGCAAUAUCCUUACCGAUUCUGGCGGGUUCCAAAUGGUGUCCCUUCUGGAGCUCGCUCAAAUCACCGAAGUCGGCGUGGAAUUUCAGUCUCCCGUUGAUGGGACAACGAUGCUGCUGACCCCCGAGAUGAGCAUUACCCAUCAGAACAACAUUGGCGCCGACAUCAUCAUGGCGCUGGACGACGUGGCGCCGUCCACGAUUCAAGACGACGCGCGGUUCCUCGAAGCUACCGAGCGGACCCUUCGGUGGAUCGACCGGUGCAUUGCUGCCCAUAAGCGCCCCGCCACGCAAAACCUAUUUGGGAUUGUGCAAGGUGGUCUCGACACGAAACCCGGCGGCCUUCGCGAACGAUGUAUCCAAGGCCUGAUUGAUCGCAACUUACCAGGAUAUGCCAUUGGCGGACUCGCGGGAGGCGAAGACAAGACGUCGUUCUGGACCGUCGUGGCGCUGUGUGCAGAACGCUUGCCAGCCAAUAAACCGCGGUACUUGAUGGGCGUGGGGUACCCCGUGGACCUGGUCGUGUGCUCGGCGCUGGGGGUCGACAUGUUUGACUGCGUCUACCCCACGCGCACCGGCCGGUUCGGCACCGCCAUCACCCCCAAGGGGUUGCUGCGGAUCAAGUCAGCGGACUUUGCGUCGGAUGGCGGGCCGCUGGACGCCACGUGCGCAUGCUUUGUGUGCACAGAGUACUCGCGGGCGUAUUUGCAUCACGUGAUGAAAAAGGACGGGUCCAUUGGUCCCCAGUUGAUCACGUACCACAAUGUCGCGUACAUGCUGCACUUGAUGGCGCAAGUCCGCCAAGCGAUUUUGAACGACUCGUUCCCGUCGUUCGUCCGGGUGUUCAUGGCCGAGUGGCACCAGGGGACCCCCGUGCCCGCGUGGGUGCACGACGCGUUAAACUACGUCGGCAUUCCACUUAACCAGGCUGAAUAGAGAUAUCAAGUACAUUUCAAC